UGGUUUCAUGCAGUUUGAGCGUUGGCUUCGUGGAGGGAGCAGCUUUUGUUUGUGUGCUCUGCCCAGACCUCCAGUCCCCCCAUUUUCCAAAAGAAGAAGAAAAAAAAAUCUAAAACUACAAGUUUUAAUCAACCAAGACAACUGCUUGAUGGUAACAGCUCUGAACUCUCAGGAAGGCAAGGAGAUUGCUAGAAAUAUCCUGCAGCAGAUGCUGGACUCAUUCCACACUAGCCUUGCAGGACUGAUCGCACAGAGAAAUGUAUCGAAAAGGAACUUUGCAGUCGUCGACUUAUUUCUAAGGAUCCAUAAGGAAACAUGGUGAGCAAAGAAGGGGACAAAUGUGUGCUGACAUCCUCGGAAAGCGAAGUCGAACAAGCCGUUUCACUUGCCUUAGAGAUGAAAUAUGCACUGGACCCCAACAGGCAGAUUAAGAAAAGGAAUAAAGCCCUCCAAGUGAGGUUUAAAGAUAUUUGCGAGGCUCAAAAUGAACAGAGGGAUAAACAGCUUUCUACCAUGCCGCAAACCGAGAAGAAAGAUAGUAAAUCUCUUUCCUACAAAGCUUAUCGGAAGUACAUGACCGUGCCCGCUCGCAGGUCUAUACCCAACGUAACAAAGAGCACAGGGGUCCAAACUUCCCCGGAUCUAAAAAAACGCUACCAGACUUUCCCUCUGGAUCGGAAAAAAGGAAAUAUUUUAAAAAAUAACGGGGUGGAUCCAUUAAAUAACCAGAACAAUGGAUUUAUAAUCGAUGCGAAGGAUAAAAACUCAGGGGAGACCAUUCAGUGCAGCAGGGUCAACGAGCAAGUGGUAGCAGACUUGAUGAUACACUCAAGCGAGGACAUGGACGCCAUUUAUCCGCUUUCUACCAGUAACUCAUGUAAAAGCACUGACUCGCACAGCUGUAUCAAUGAGUCCCCUACUCAUCAAAAUCCAGCCAACAUUUCCUUGGAACAGGUCAUCUGCCAUGUGCAUGAAGCAGCAAAAUCUGAUAGAGGCCCACUGGGGAACAUGCCAUCUACUCAGCCCGGACACGUAAAAGUGCUUUUGAAAGAAGAAGCCACAAUUCAUUCGCCUACACUUAACCCAAACUUGACAGAUCCAGAGGAAUCCAAUCCUGGGAAUGAUUCUGAACGGACGACGAGUACAUCGACGGAGGAAGAAAAUAAAAGAACUGCUCAUCUUAAUGGCUUGCACAUACAUAGGAAAGGAUGUCCAACCCAGUCGCAGUGUCAGGCAACGGAAUGUAAUAGCCAACAGGCCCUUCAGAUAAAUGUUUUACCUGCAGAAAAAAACGCACCUUGUCAGAUAGCAGUCGCUUUGAGUGGUGAAUGCCAACAAAUUGUGCCUCAUGCUGAAGUAGGAGACUUAAAAGCACAGCUCCACACCAUGGAAAAUCUGAUAAGUUCAAGCCAGGAAACCAUAAAAGUGCUUUUGGGUGUUAUUCAGGAGUUGGAGAAAGGAGAAGCUCACAGAGAUGGGCUUUCAUAUCGGACUGGCCAAGAUACAUCAAACUGCGACACAUGCAGGAAUAGCGCAUGCAUUAUCUAUAGUGUUGAACUGGAUUUCAAACAGCAAGAAGACAAACUACAACCAGUCUUGAAAAAACUAAAUCCUGUUGAGGAAUCUCAGGUUGCACCUUUGCCUUAUCCUGCAGAGAGUUACACCUCAACUCCCAAGCAAAAAUCCAAAACAGAAUCAAAAAAACAUGGAAGAUGGAAACUCUGGUUUCUUUAGCUGAACCUGCUGGAAAUAGAGCCUCCGUCCUUCUUAGGCACAUACCCAAAAUCCAACAAUUCAUUUACAAAGAGAUCUUGGUAACAGUUCAUGUUAUCAGGAAGACACUGCCCUGGGCAGUAUGCAGAUCCCACUGUGUGUACCAAAAAGGCCUUUUAUACUUGCCACAUUUGUAGGAGCAAGAUAUAAAAAAAAAAAAAAAAAAAACAUGCCAACUUCUAAACAGUUCAUUAUGCGGGAUUUAACUGAAUAACAACUGAGAAACAGUCAGAUUUGAUGUGGUGAGGAUGAGGGUAAAAUGAACCAAACUUUGUUUUUCCCCGCUCAUAAUCCAAAGGGUUUUUAUUGAUUUAUAUUUAGUUCAAUGUAUAAAAAAAAAAAAUCAC